CCGCCCAUUCAGAAAAUGAAUUUGCCAGAGCGUGACGCGGGGACUCCCAGGCCUGUGGGCGGGGCCCCGCCCGAGACUGGGCGGUGCGAGAACCCCAAUUUAAAACCUCGCGGGAGACCGGACCCAAGAUCCGGGACGCGGCGGCGGUUCCGCGGGGAAACAGCUAGGCUGGCGCAGCGCAGAGGCCGAGGCCCUGGGGGCCCGCAAUCCGCGCCACGGAAUCCCCGAGUGAGCCGGAAUGAGCGAAGCCACUGCCAAACGCAGACCGUGAAGAAGCUCCUGGAAGAACAGAGGCGUCGCCAGCAGCAGCCAGAGGCCGCAGGGGCACCGGCCCAGUUCUCUCCUCCCCCGGCCCAGUCCCUGACCCCAUCUGUGAGUGAGGCGGAGGCUGGCCAUACCCACUUCUCAGCACUGCAGGAGACUCAGGGUUCUGGACUUGGCAGCUUGGCCCCCUCCACGAGCUUUCCAGACUGGGACCCCAACACGCAUGCUGCCUAUACAGACAGCCCCUGCUCUUACUCUGCUUCCGCUGCUGAAAGUUUCCUGACUUCUGAUUUCUACCCACCCUCCGACUCAGGAAGGCCAGGCCCAUUUCCCCCGGGGAUGGAGGAUCCCCUGGAUACUCGCCUCUACGCAGAACCUUCCCUGCAACAGGCAGGAUCCUGGAGAGUUUCUGGGCUCACCCCAGCACCCCCACAGUUGCCUCCAUGCUCAGGACCAUCUCUGGAUACAGCCCGAGCUCACAUGCUGGCUUUGGGGCCCCAACAGCUGCUGGCCCAGGAUGAGGAGGGAGACACCCUCCUGCACCUGUUGGCGGCUCGAGGACUGCGCUGGGCAGCUUAUGCUGCAGCCGAGGUGCUCCAGAUGUACAGACAUCUGGACAUUCGUGAACAUAAGGGCAAGACCCCUCUUCUGGUGGCUGCUGCCGCCAAUCAGCCGCUGAUUGUGGAGGAUCUGUUGAACCUGGGCGCAGAGCCUAAUGCCACUGACCAUCAGGGACGUUCUGUCUUGCACGUGGCUGCCACCUACGGGCUCCCAGGAGUCCUUUCGGCUGUUUUUAAGGCAGGCGUUCAGGUCAACCUGGAAGCCAGAGACUUUGAAGGCCUCACCCCCCUCCACACAGCCAUCCUGGCUCUCAAUGCUGCUAUGCACCCACCUAGCCUCUGUCCCCGGAUGCUGAGCGCCCAAGCCCGAGACAGACUGGCCUGUGUCCAGAUGUUGUUGCACAUGGGUGCAGAUCAUACCAGCCAGGAGAUCAAGAGCAACAAGACAGUUCUACACUUGGCUGUGCAGGCCGCCAACCCUAUCCUGGUUCAGUUGCUGCUGGAACUGCCCCGGGGGGACCUUCGGACCUUUGUAAACAUGAAGGCCCAUGGGAACACAGCCCUCCACAUGGCAGCGGCCCUGCCCCCUGGACCUCUCCAGGAGGCCAUCGUGCGGCACCUGUUGGCAGCCGGGGCAGACCCGACACUGCGCAACCUGGAGAAUGAACAGCCCAUCCACCUGCUGCGCCCUGGGCCAGGCCCCGAGGGGCUCCGGCAGCUGUUGAAGAGGAGCCGUGUGGCACCCCCAGGCUUGUCCUCUUAGGACUCAACUCAGACCUGGACUGAUUUUCCAGUCCCCACCGUCCCGUGGGACAGUCAGCGUAUGCUAAUGAUGCAAACCCAUGAUAAUGUAUGUGGAACGUCUUGCCAUUAGGGUCUUACAUUAAAACCCCAAAAUGGCUACAGGGGGUGCACAAUCCCCAAUAUUUGGGGUGGUGUGCUACCCCUCACCCACCACAAGGAGCCUUCUUGAUGAUUUCUGUGAAAUCGAGGCCCCUUGAUUGUUUCUAUGAAACACCCCAGGCCCCUUUCACUGCCAUCCACCAAGGAUCUUUCAGGAUCCUCUCCCAGCUCAGCACCCUGUACCCAGAAACGCCGAUGUCAUCUCCUUUGUGGUAUUCAGGACAUCCCAGUACCUUCCUGGUAGGGCUUCUCACAUUUCCCUUACCCCUCCCAAGGAGCCAUACCACUUGGAUUUGAACCCGUGAGAUGUAGGAAGGGCCCUCUCAGACUGAGGUGGCCUGGUUUCUACUGCCUUUUGACUCAGAAUUUAGCAGAGUCCCUGUCCCAGACGUCCACCGCCCUACUGAAUCCUUCCCUAAUCUGUGUGUUUCUGAAGCUCCUUAUUAAAUUCAAUUCAGACUACAA